CGGACCAAGAGCCGAGCAGGGGCGCGGGGCCGCCGCUUCUGCUGCUGCUGCUCCUGCUGCUCCUGCUACCGCCGCUUUCGGGGACUUGGUUGCUCCUCGUCAUCGUCGGUGGGAGCUCAUCGUGGGAGAGGAGAGCGCCAUCCGGAUCCGUCCUCCGGAGUCUAAGCCGUGCCUCUCCUCUGCUGCCGCCCCCUCCGGCCUUCGCCGCGCGGGCCCCAGAAGGGGGCGCGCCUCAGUCCCCAUCCCGGUGGCGACGCGGAGGGAGGGCCGAGGAGGAGGAGAAGGAGGAGAAGGAGCAGCGGCGGCGCUGACGCAGCAGCGUGGAUCCCGGGAUUCGGGCGCCCCGCCGCGGCGUCCCUGCCGCCGGAUUGCAGCCCGGCCGGGGCCUCCUGGCUCUGCCCUGCGUGGGGCCCGCACAGCCCCCUCUAAGGAGGAGGAGGAGAGGAGCGGGAGCAGGCACCCUCGGGGUGGACAUUGAUCCUAUGACGCAUGCCCGGAAGAAACAGCUCUUACUUCUGAAACACUCAGCUGGUUCUGCGGGCCAAGCUUUGUCACCGAUUGACGGUGAGAGAAUGGAUAGGACUGACGCGGAGGAUAGCGAGCAAGGAAAUGGCACUGAGGGGCAAAACUGCCAGAGCAGAUUUGCAGGCGUGAAUAAAAGCAGGAUUUCACAGGAACUCCGAAAGACGUACCCAUUGAGGAAACGUCUCAGCUCAUCUGUGGAUAAAAAAACAUGCUCAGUGCUCCUCACUAGACUGGAGGAUGUCGCCACAUCGUUGUCAGAAGGAACUCACGGCGGGAUAAAAAGAGGUCUUGCCCACUGUAUGGAUGACCUCAGGUCUGUCUGCUUUCCAAAACCAGUUCAGGUGGUGGCUGCAGGGAAACCCGAUUCCUCUGGAGGAAAAUGCACAAUAUCCUGUCCAGGAAUGGAACAAGAAGGGCACACUGCGUGUCUGUCAGAACCAAGGAAACGAAGGCUAGCCUCCCUGAAUGCCGAAGCUGUCAACAACCUGCUUUUCGAACGGGAUGAUGGCUUAUUAUCCGGCAGGCGUUUUCGCAAAGAUGCCUCCAAAGUCGGUGGAGUUUGUUGCACUAAGAGCACAUGUUGCAACUCUCAGGGGACUUGGCAUGUGAUGGAAAAACAGAGCUCUAAAACGGUGAAGGGAAAACACCAAAACAAAUUGGGUCCCAAGUCUGCUCCUGGCGACCAGUCGUUGGAUGAUGCCUUUGAAGGGAAGAGGCAGGAGGAUGGCGGGAUUUCCUACCACCCGGCUCCCAAAAGACUGGCCAGUCUCAAUGCUGCUGCGUUUCUGAAACUGACUCAUGAAAAAGACCAACCGUUAAAGUCGAGGAGUAAAUCAACGGGAGAAAGCAGGCCUGAGAACCACAGUUCCAAAUCAAAGCUCAAGUGGGCCAAAGCCAACGGGAAAAGCUGUGUUAAACCCAAAAAGGAAACGUCCACUAUAAAUACAGAUGGUCAGCACAGUUGGCAAGGAGUCCCUGAGGGUUCGUUCAGAAAAGUAACCCAUCAGGAUCCUCCCAGACUCUAUGGAAAAACGGAAUCUAUCAAUUACGAACCGAACUCUUGUGAAGGCACAGAGGGCUUCUUUCACCGGCUGCCUUUGCUAAUGGGUGGGCAAGCGUCCAUGAAGCCUGAAUAUGGAAGGCCUGGAGAGAAAUCUCCAACUCCCAAACAGGAAUUUCAUCAGCCUUCCUUCCCAGUACCUCAGUUCCAUCCUUUGCCUGUGCCGGGAAACCAUCCAGAUUGUGGCUGUCUCUAUGAAUCGUCGGACUUGACACCAUUGAAUGGAUUUUAUGUUUAUUAUGGCCAAAGUGGAUACAAUACUUACACUCAUUGCUCAGUUUACCCCAAGGAUGAGCUGCCCCAGCCAACGGGCUGUGAGGGGCUCUUGGUAUCUCAAGGUUCCUUACCGUCGGACCCUUCGUUUCAGCCCUUUCACUGGUGUAACUCUCCAUACUGUUGUGGGGAAGGACCGGCAAUUAAUAGUUACAGCCUGUGUGGAGUUAUGCAUGUACCAGAAAGCAGAAUCGGUGGUGUGCAUACUGGGCGGAAUGGCUACCCUUAUAAGAUGCCUUUUGCAGCAGAUAGCUGCAAGUCUCUGGACCAGCUGAGCCUCACAAUCCCUGUGGCAGGACACCCGGUUUCUCCUGCCCACCCACUCUCAGGAUGUCCGGUACCCAGCGUGCCACCAGCUGCAGAACCUGUUCCUCACUUGCAGACACCCAACUCAGAGCCCCAGACGAUGGCCCGCGAAUGCCCACAGAGCUCCAAACCCCCCAGCGGCUCUAAAUCCGGUCUUCGGAACACAACCAGCUGUUUACAUGUAUCUGACAGCAAAUCAGCUGGGGCCCAUGCUCAUCCAAAGCAGCAACGCAUUAACCGGAGGAGAGCCACAAAUGGCUGGAUUCCUAUUGGUGCAGCCUCUGAGAAGGCGGUGUAUGUGGUGAAUGAACCGGAGCCAGCUGUUCGCAAGAGCUACCAGGCGGUGGAGAGAGAUGGUGAGAUCAUCCGGGUCCGAGACACAGUCCUCUUGAAAUCAGGACCACGAAAGAAAUCGAUGCCUUACGUGGCAAAGAUAUCUGCCCUUUGGGAAGACCCCAAAACAGGGGAACUGAUGAUGAGCCUCCUGUGGUAUUACCGACCAGAGCACACUCAGGGAGGCCGCAACCCUAGCAUGCAUCAGAAUGAGAUCUUUGCAUCCCGACAUCAGGACGAAAACAGUGUUGCCUGCAUAGAGGAGAAGUGCUAUGUUCUGACCUUUGCAGAGUACUGCAGAUUUUGUGCCUUGGCAAAGCGUCGAGUUGAGGGGAUCCCAGGCAGAAAAACCAUGAUGGUCCCUCCCUCAGAAGAGUAUUCAACCCCUCCUCACCGCAAGGUGCCAGAGGACACCGACCCGGAGCUGGUUUUCCUCUGCCGUCACGUCUAUGACUUCAGACACGGGCGCAUCUUGAAGAAUCCCCAGUAACGGAGCCCAGCAUCUGUGGGGUUUGACAAGUGGCAAAAGAGGGCCAAGGGCAGACUGACCUCAUUCCCAGUGCAUGCUUCCAACCUUUGCGGAGCAGUGCCCAUAGGCACAGAGCAGAAUGCCUAAGCACCCGAUUCUCUGCAUUUGGAAACAGAUUUCCUCUUAAGGCAGAUGUUCAAAGCACAGCACUUCAUAUAAAGAGCAUAAAUGGAAAUAUAUAUCUGUAGAGAAAUGUGUGUGUAUAUAGAUAUAGGUGCUCGCUUCUGUAAUCUAUAUCUAUAUGUACAAUGAUUUUCAUAUAUGGGGAGAAAAGGCGGGAGCUGGGCCAAGGGGAUAAAAGCCAGUAAACUGAAUCCAGAGUCAAGCCAGUCUUGGUGGGGAUGGUUAGAUCAGACAGACGGGGAAGUACAGCACCACUGACAUGACCCCUGUGACAUCUCCUUGGGGUUGAUGUACUAUUUGAUCUUUGAGGCAAACACUUACUCUGGAGAUGUUAAUUUCCUUGGUGUCCUUUUCACAUGUUGACUACAUUUCUCUUUGCAAGUAAAAGAAGGAUCGCAAAUCAAGUAUAGUUGUCUAGUCAGACUAGGGUUUUCUAUCUUGCAGUUGUCUUCAUCUCUAAAGUGGGAAAGAUAUAAUCGUGGAUCACUCACACUAUUGUGGGAAAGUUGGAUAUCUUUCCAAGACUGUGAUCCUAAGCCACUGGCUUAGCGGGAGUUUCUGUUGAGAUCAAUGGAACCUACUUUGAUGCAAAUGUGAUUCAGAUGAGGAUAUGUGAAAAGAAGGCCCAUCCUUAAGAACCACACUUCAUCUUUGUGUGUAUGUGGGGUGGUGCACCUGAAAAGCUCUCAGAAUAUGAGAGCGAAGUGACAGCUGCUACAAUACCGAUCUCUCUCCUCCACAAGUCUAGGGAGGUGUCCCUUCUGCUGAUAAAAAUAAUUUAUAUUCUUUCCCACCCCAAUUCCAUUUCCUUCACUCUCCUUCGCAGUCCUUGUAGAAACCAGACUUGCACACUCCAGGGUACUGGGGAGGGCUGGAAGCCAGAGUUAAAAGAAAUGAUAAGGUACUGCUUGAGCUGCAUUCUAUCCAACAGGCAUCUUAACCUGACCUGGGCUUAACCCGGUGGGCUGUUGCCUGUCUACCUCUCUUCUCUCCCGGCACCUCCGCUCCCUCCAAAUCUCAAACACUGACAUCCAAGCAUGCCCGCCAAGGCGAGACUCUGGGAGACUCGGGCUCCCAAGUGAGAGGGUUUGCAUUUUGAGAAACUGCUACCUGAUUCCUAUGGAUACUUCUGCCUCUUGCCUUACAUGUAUAGCUGUUAGAAAUACUUUAGUUUAGCUUUGACACAAAGCUAUUUCAGUUAAUUCUAAAGCAAACCAAAGGACAGCAUAAGAAGAAUCCACCGAAUCAGUCACACAAAGCUGGGAUUCUGUUUGUAGAUUGCACUAAUUCCGACGAAGUGAGAAUCAACACUGUAUCAGUUCAUGUACCUGCUGACGGCCAGAGUCGCUCACCUGAGCUAGGGACCUGCUUGCGCCGGGUGGGUGGUUAGGAGGGAGGGGUGUUCCGAACUAGUGUUAAAUGAUAAUAGAAGUGUUCCUACGGCUUUAAUAUUGUUGUCUUUUACGAGUAGAAGUAGCACUACCUGUACUUGCCCACAGGCUCGAUCUGAGAGGUUUACCAUCUGGCCUGGAGAAAGUAGCCCCCUCCCACAUUCAGUUCCUUGUGAGUGUGUGCCGUGUGUAUGUGUGUGUCAACACAAACAGUCCCUACAGAUUUGCUCUGCAUACCAAAGAGGGGAGAGUGAUGGGAAGAUAGAAAAAACUGAGAGGUCAGAGCCGCAAGGCUUGGAAAGGAGGGGAUUCCUUCAGUGGUCAAGCUGGAAAGUAUUCAUUCUCGCUCCCGCCCUGAUUCAGAGCAAGAACCCAUGGUUUGGCCAUGGUUCCUAGUGCCAAAUGUGGUGCCGUGAUCUGUCAUAACUAUGGCUUGGGCACAUAGAGGGGCUUCUCAGAAUUAAACUUGUGCUGGAAAGCACACCUUGUUUUAUAGCACAGGAGUGGAACGGGAUGGGGUGGGCAGAUUGGUGAAAACCUUUCACUUGGUGGAAAGGGAGAACUGGCAUCACUCUUGGCAGUCUAAGGGUAAGCGGGAGUGAUUUGGGAGCAAUAUUGUGGGUUCUGUAAGUACUGCCUGUUCUUCUAUUCCCCCCUCCCCCAGUUAAGGAGGGAAUUGAUGAGAAAAACAAGCAACUGGAAUAUGAAAUGUUCCUAUACAUGAUAUGGGUAAAAGAGUGUGUGUUAGGAGGUGGAGAGUCUGAUCUAUGCAGAUUCAGAUUUGGGGUUCCUUUGUGCUGUGACUGGAUGGGGUGGGGGAGCAAGGGAAGACAUGGUAGAUAACCUCUUUUAUGAAAAGAGGGUGGUGACAGGAGACCUCAAUGUAUUUAAUCCAGAUUAAAAAUUCAGGAUGCCUCUGCCUUUCUGUGUAGAGUUUUGAAAUUUCAAACUUCAGAAACCAGAGCAACUUCCCAAAAAAAAUUAAUUCUGGUUUCUACUGCUUUCUCCUCCACCUUUCUCUGGACUCCUCUCCAGGCAGUGGGUUGAAAGGAAAGCCAGGCUCCCUAAGGCAAGAAACGUCUCUGCCUGGGUUCUGGGGUCGGCCAGGGUCCGUGCCCCACUGUCUGGAAAGGAGAAAUCCCAGCCCUUCUCUGAUUCCGAUAAAGUCCGAAUCUACUUCAGGCCAAGAAAUAUUGUUUAAAGACUUGUGUGGUUGUUUUUAUGCUGUUUUGCGGACAGCAUGUAAAUGAUUUGAAAUGUCUUAUCUGAAAUGAAAAUAUUUCAUGCUUUUUUAAUCUAUUAGAUAUGGAAAUAUUUUUGAAACUGAACAUGCAGUCAGUAGAAUUUAAAUUGAAAUGUAAUACAUGUAAAAUAUAUUUUAGUUGAUAAUUUUGUAAAAUGCACUUUUUUGUGUCUCUUCCCUUUGUUUCCCAGAUCUGUAUUUCAGUGUUUACAGAUGGAAUGAAAGCAUUCCCUAUACCCUCCUUCUGUGAAAAAGAUAUAUUAGAAGUAAUUCUUUAAAAUAAAUUUGAGAAAUUGUAUUGAUUUAGAAAACAA